CGUAAAUCUCUCCCCAAAACCAAAGAACAGCAGCCUCCGCUCCCAUUUCCCCCAGAAACACCAAAUACAUGGACUUCUCCGUCGGCGGGAGCGGCGGGAGCGCGGGCGGCGCCGCCGGCGACGUGCGCGUGCAGGCGGAGCGCUUGCUCGAGAUCGCGGAGAAGCUCCUCACCGCGCGCGACCUCGUCGGCUGCAAGCGGUUCGCGGAGCGCGCGGUGGAGUCCGACCCGCUCCUCCCCGGCGCCGACGAGAUCCUCGCUGUCGCUGACGUACUCCUUGCAUCCCAGUCUCCCCUCUCCUCCGGCCACCCGGACCCGCUUGCUGUCCUCCAGCUGCCCCCCGGCGGCAGCCCCGACCAGGCCGCCGUAUCCCGCGCCUUCCGCCGCCUCGCGCUCCUCCUCAGCCCCCGCAACCCGCACCCAGGCGCUGAGUUCGCACUCCGCCUCGUCCACGACGCCUACGCCCUCCUCUCCGAUCCAUCCCGCCGGCCCCCGCCUUCCUCCGCCACCGCCAAUCCCGCAACUGGUAACCCCUCCCAACCUGCCGCUCCAGCUCCCGCCACUAACCCCCAGGAGUUCUGGACGGCGUGCCCGUUCUGCUGCUACGUGCACCAGUACCCGCGCCACCUAGUUGGGCGCGCCCUCAAGUGCCCCAACGAGAGUUGCCGCCGUGGGUUCGUGGCCGCUGAGAUCCCGACCCUGCCGACCAUCGUGCCAGGCACCGAGAUGUACCACUGUGCCUGGGGAUUCUUCCCACUCGGCUUUCCCAAUGCGGCCGACCUGGGUGGCAACUGGAAGCCAUUUUACAAGGUGUUCCCGUGGAACACUGCGCCAAGUGGCGAAGUUGCUGGUGGUAGGAGCCAUGGGAAUCAUCGUGGGAGCAAUAGUGCUCCACAGCCGCAGAAUGUCAGUGCACGUGGUGGGUCUUCUAGAGGUAGGAUCAAGAAGUCGUCCGCCCGCAAGAAGGUCGGGGCAGGGCUUAAGAGACGUUCUUUCGGUGGUGGUGUGGAGAGCGGCAUUGAUUCAUCUAUGCUUGGACAGGAAGGGUGGGCUGGGGAUGAGGAGGAUGGAGAUGGACGGCCUGAGGAGGUGAGGGGGAUUAACAUAAAUGAGGCGGCACAGGCUACAGAUGGCACCGGUAGGGGUAAUGUCAGUGGUGCUGGCGGGGUUGUGGAUAUGACCAACUUCCAUAUUGAUGUUGAUGCAACAGAGGAUAUAUUAGGGAAUUUGCACAACAUCCCGUUCUUGAGGGUGGACAAUCUUGGGCGGAUGAUUUAACUGUUGCUAUGGUCUGCUGGGGCUAGAUAGGAGCAUUGUAUAAUUAGCUGGGUCGAAGCAGAUGUCUCAGGGGCUGAACCUUGCUGUUCAAGUGUUCCUUCUGCUAUUAUGUCGUGUUGUAGUAGUAGUCUAUCUUGUGCUUGUAGUAACUUAGCUGGAGGUUGAGUCGUACCAGGAGACUUUGUGGUAUCUCCAUUAGUUGGGGAUAUGUACCCUUUGCCUUUGGCAAACAAACUUGCGGUGUUUUCUGGUGAUGGGAAUAAUGCUUCACACAUGCAGUGUGAUUUGACUGGUUGUGCUUAUGAUGCCACUUUGGUUUCUUCAUGGCACAGUGGCGGGAAAAGGUGCUGAGAGCAAGUAGAAAAACUGCUUUCUUUUGCAAACAGCAGCCGGCGGUCCAAACCAUUCCUUGAAGGAAGCGAAGCAAGACUUGACCCAGCUUAGAGGGUAUAUCAGUAGCCCUGACCUGAAGACAAUUUUUUUUUUUUACUUUUUUUGUAAGUUUAUUAGGCUGUUUAUCCCCUCAUCUGCAAGCGAAAUACAUGCAAAACUCCAUAAGUUUGCCAAGAAAUGCUAACUGUAUUUGUUAUGUUGUCAGCAAUUUCAAGGCACCAGUGAUGAUUUUUAUUGAGCUA